AUGAUGCCUGGCCGGACCCUGCGCAAAGCCGCGCCGCCUGCCGCUCCUGCAGGGCGAGAGGCGGCGGUGGAGUGCGCCCUGGAGCUGACCCGCAUCGGCGACAGGUGGGACCUGCGGCAGAGGCUCCUCAACCUGCUCGCCAAGAUCUUCUGCCCCGGAACUUGGGCUGCCCGCAGACAUGGCGAGAGGAACGGAAGAGCACCUUGGCUUUGUGGGUUCGGAAGAAGAGGCUCCACAGACAUUGGGAGAUGAAGAAACCUCAAAUCUCGCUGCGUUGUAUUUGGGUGACUGCAGCUGCUGGAGGAUGGCUAUCACAUGUUUUCUCUGAAGAAUGUUACAGCAAUUCUGGCGUAUGAAUGCCAGCUGGGGAAAAAAGAUAAUGAUGGGCUGAGCCCCUAAACUGUGCAGUGGUGACUUGGGGCGAGCUGGUGACCUGGGGAGAUUUGGGACAAGACUGAACUUGCCCUUCACCAUGGUCUGAGAACGCUUUCAGGAACCUGGUUUCGCCAGCCACCCUCUGGUCCUCAUGUCCCACAGCCGUGUUUCACCGAGGAGCUCAGCCCGCCUACAGGAUGAAGCAAAAAAAAAGUGUCAGUCUGUUGGAACCUGGGAUCACAUACCACACAGAAUAAGAAGCCAGUUGCUGACCUUUGACUGCUCCUCCUGUCUAAAGUGUGGAUCCUGCUGGACAGGGAUCUAGUGGUGUUUAUUAAAAUUUGUUAAAGACAACCACUAUCUUUAUUGGAAAAUUAUUGUUACAGGAUGUUGUUUUGCAAACUAAAAGUUGUAAUUCUAUGAAUUAAUACAGUGUU